AUGUCCGGAGACAUUCCACUCAGUCAACUUCAGCCAAAUAUGAAUGGAUUAAACACCACCGUUAUUGUCUUAGAUCCAGGUUCGUGAAAAACUGACUAAAAUGAGAAAUAAACAUAAAUUUUGCAGGACAAUAUCGAAGAACGCAAAAUGGAUCGAUAAUAACGAUGCGAGUGGCCGAUGCGACAGGUACUUCAGUAAUUCACAAGAAAUUAUCAGAGACAAGUUGAAAAUGUUGCAGGAUCGAUCAGCGCGUCUAUUAUGAAUCCAGAAUUCACCGAAACAUUCAAAGGAGGCGAUAUUUUGAAGUUUCGAAGCGCUUACACCUCAAUUUUCCAGGUUUUGUCCAAAUUUGCUAGAAAAUUGACAAAAUGUUUAAUUUUUUAGGGCGGCCUGACUCUGAACGUGGGCAAGAACGGCGACUGCAAGAAGGCCGGCGAGUUCAUGAUGGUCUUCUCGGACACCCCGGACAUCACUUCGCUUCCGCUGCCCGCCGGCACAGUCGAUCGAAGGGCCGACGACGGACGAAUGCAACGCGGACCGCCCGGCAACCGAUAUCAGAGGAACCAGUAA